GUCUACCACAUGGUUAGGUAGUCAAGAAGGCCGACUUGUGUCAAACAGCAUAAGCAGACUUCGGCACAAGGAUCAACAUGACACUCAGUAGGGUGGCGUCGGCAUACGUGGCUUGCUAAUUUGAUCAGGAGGGUCGGGGCUGUCGUCGGACCCCCCCAAGCUCCGGGGACUAGCAGCAACCGCACAUGCAUUGAGACAUCAGCCGAUUAAGAUCUGCGGGCCGGCUCGAGCUAUUAGUCUAGGUACUAAACCAGCGAGUGCAUGUACCUCCACGAAGCGUUUUGGAAUAUGAAAGCCGUGCACCCUCUCACGUACAAGUUUAUACGUGAUUCUAGGCCGGCAGCCGGGUUCCUGAACGCCAUCCUGAAGCUUCUCAACCAAAAAUGGAGUUACCGGAUUACCCUCCCAAGGUCGACAUCAAGACCCAGAUCUACGAGCAGCCGCCAGUCACGGCGAAGGCGCUAUCAAGCUGGGACGAUUUGGACGCAAAUGAGAUCUCUCAAAGCGUCGUGACGGAGCUAUCCGCUGCUCUACAGCAGAGACGUCGCCGAGACGUGGAGAACGUCUUUGCUACCCCGUCCGCGCACUGGAAGGACACCUUGGCCUUGACGGCUCAUCUCAGAACAUUCAAAGGCAGGCAGACCAUUGCAUCGGCAUUGCUAGAGUUGCACGACCAACGAAAGGUUGGCGAUCUUCAAUUUCACGGCGGGCUAGUUGUGACGGUGACUGAAGACCUGAAAUGGCUAAACUGCAGCUUCAGUUUUACGACCGGGUCACCACGAGCUUUAUGCCGAGGAAGUAUGAUGCUAGUCCCGGAAGUUCAGGAACCUGAUCAUUGCCAGUGGAAGAUAUGGUCCAUGAGCACGUGGCUCAAGGACUGGGAGGAAUACCCUGAAGAUGAGAGCCUACUGAGGAUGCCCUCUAGUCAAAUAACCGAAAAUGACCGCAUCUACACAGAUGUGCUAGUCAUUGGCGGGGGCAACGCCGGUAUGAUUCUGGCUGGCCGCUUGAAGGCUUUGAACGUUGAUUUUGUCGUCAUCGACCGAAACAAACAGGCGGGGGAGAACUGGUCGCAGCGAUACGACUGCAUGCGCUUCCAUGUCUACAAAUCCUUUUGUGAGAUGCCAUAUCUCCCGUAUCCACAGUCAUCCAAUGACGGCCUUACCCGGGACCAGCUGGCCGCACAGGUCCGAGCCUUUGCCCACGAGUUCGACCUAGAACGUCGCGUUCUUCGCAGCACAACAGUGACUGCUACGACGUACGACUCGACCACCAAAACCUGGAGGGUGGAGCUGAAAACCGGACAAAGACAAAGAUAUCUGGAAUGCGCAUGCUUGGUCCUCGCGACUGGUGCCGGGUUCUCCGGCGCUGCACCUCUGCCGGACUUACCAGGCAGUGGGCAAUUCAAAGGUCCCAACAUGCAUUCUGGAAACUUUCGUAACGCCGGAGAGCUCGUGGCAGACGGCGCCAAGUCUGUGGUUAUCGUCGGUUCUGCCAAUACCGCAUUCGACGUGAUGGUGGACUGCCAUGACUCUGGCCUCCAGACUACCAUGAUUCAAAGAUCAGAGACCUAUGUUGUCCCAAUGCGCUACUUUGCUCACCCCCUGGGGUUAGGGGCAUACGACGUUAUGCCGACCGAAGACGCCGAUGCGAUUGUCAAUGGGAGCCCGCUGGCCGUUGGUGGAAAUGUACUUCGGCUGGUCCACCGAAUGCAAGCUCAAGCAGAGCCUCACCGAUACGAUGAGGUAAGGAAAGCAGGGCUGAGAGUCCAAGACUCCUUGACGGGCGAUCUAGUCAUCAAUCUCGUGGAUCGUUGCGGAGGCCACUUCGUGGAUAUGGGCAACGGCAUCGAGCUCAUCACAAAGAAGAAGGUUGGCAUCCGCUCCGGGGUGGUGCCCACAGCCUACACGCCCGAGGGGUUGCUGUUGUCGGACGGCAGCACGCUGGAGACCGACGCCAUUGUGUGGUGCACUGGGUUUGGCGACCUCGACGGCAGGACAAGACUUUCGGGCGAACUUGGGGCUGGAUACGAAGCCAUCGCUAGCAAGCUGGAGCCAACGUGGGGGGCAGACGCCGAAGGCGAGGUCCGCGGGCUUUGGAAACGACAUGCAGGAGUCGACAACCUCUGGAUGUUCGCCGGCGGAACUGGGCAGCACAGAUGGUUCUCCAAGGUCAUCGCUCAACAGAUCAAAGGAGUCCUGGAAGGCUUUUUGCCAGACGCCUACCGGCGGACACCGCAGUCUCACAUUGCAGGCGACUCCUCGAGCGAAGGUACAUGGGUUUCGAACUUGUAAGGUUCCAGGUGAGCUCAGGACGAAAACGAGGAUUUGUAAGACUCGUCAUAAUUUGCGUAUAUUUUCAAGCUAUUUGUUUAAGCUACAUGCUUGGAUUUAAAAUCCAUCCUACUUCCAUCUCUCUCCGCGCCAGAACCAUUACCGUGGCUUUAGGUGCGCCAAAAUGUGAGCUAUCGCCUUUUUGGAAGGCGAUGCAUAAGAUUAAAUGAAUGAGGAAACCAAACGCUUGGUAGCAGCAACGUCUAGUACCUAUAUCUGUCAGAUUUCACAAUGACCC